AUGAAUAGCGUACGCAGCCAUCCUCGGCCUCCGUUCGACCUCCGCUGCGAGGCGUCCUACAUCAUCCUCCGGCCCGGCGACACACGACCCGCCCGGAGCGAUGCGCUUGGAGCCGACGACACCCGCCUGGUCGAUGGGCAGCUGCCGCUGCGCAUCACGGCGUCAGAGUCAACCUCGCUGCUCCCUGGAGCAGGAGCCUCGCGGGCCGAGCUCGACGUGGCCGCCCUGUCCGGCCUCGAGGAGGGCGUGUCGGCGUUCCUGCAACAGCUGGACCGCGAGCUGGCCGCUUCGAUCCAUAAGCACCUGGUCGAGCCGCUCGGUCACGUCUUCUGCGGGCCGUACAUCGAGCGGAAGCGACAGGUCGAGCCUUGGAUCGACUCGCUGGCCAUGUCGCUGUCGAAGAUGCUCGAGAUGCCAGGGGCUGCCGAACGCCCAGGUCCCUUUCUGGACCGCGGCCAUGGAUCCAAGCCCCUCCGCCAGGACCUGGCUUCCUUCUUUGCAUCGCGCGGGAAAGGUUCCGCCGUCGCGAUUGGGACGAUGAGCCUGGACGAGGACGUCGCCGACCUGCUGGAGUUUCUGCAGACCUCGCAGGAAUUGCCAGACAAAGAGGAGGCUCUCCUCGGCUUCGGCAGCAGCGAUUGCAGCGACGACGACGACGAGGAGCUCUGGGCCGAGGACAUCGACUGUCUCCUCGACACUGCUGCUUCCUACCAGCGCGCUCACCGAGGCGUCUGCCAGCCGGGACACACGACUCUCACCUCCAAGCUCAUGGCGCCGGGACGCCGAUUGGGAGGCCAGAUCACGCACCUAGCCUGCAACUAG